UAGAAAGAUCCUAUCAUUUAUCUAUUUAGUUAUUAUCUUUUGUGAUUAAAAGCAAAAUGUGCACUAACAAGAUUGACAAAGGGAUCAAAGAAAAAAGACCCAACAAAACAAGUAAAAUACUUAAAGGCAUGGCUUUCAACAUGUUGAAGCAUGCAUUCCUCUUCUUCCGUUACUACUUGGACCUAGUCAUUGACUUGGUAUUCGCAUUCAUUUGGGAUGGAGAACGCCAGGCUGUACCUGACUUGGAAGCGAGGCACGCGAUGCUGGCGGAGAGUGCGGUGGAGUUGGCUAAGAGGAUCAGGAAUAAGACGUUGAAGUCUGAGGAGUUGGUGCGGGCUUGUGUGGAGAGGAUACAAGCUGUAAAUCCAGUGUUAAAUGCAGUAGUGGACCAGAGGUUCGACGAAGCAAUUAAAGAGGCAAGAGAAAUAGACAAGCAGAUAGAAAAUGGACUCCCGGAUCAGUAUUUUGAACAGAAACCUUUCUUAGGUGUCCCAUUCACGGCCAAAGAGAGUCAUGCAGUAGCCGGCCUACUACACCCACUUGGCAUCACACACCGAGCUAAUGUGCGGGCCUCAGAAGACGCGGUAUGUGUCCGCUUGCUGAAAAACGCUGGCGCCAUUGCCGUGGCGGUUACUAACGUGCCAGAGAUUAACAAGUGGCAGGAGACCCGCAACAUGGUAAUAGGGCAGACCCGCAACCCGUACCAUACGGGUCGCACCGUCGGCGGUUCAAGCGGCGGAGAAGCAGCUCUCCAUUCCGCGCUCGCCUCUCCGAUAUCACUGUGUUCCGACAUCGGUGGAUCGACUCGGAUGCCUGCCUUCUACUGCGGUCUGUUCGCGCUUAACCCCACCGCUGGAUACACCAGCCUUAAAGGCUCUGCUCUGCGCACCGGGUUAGACCCGACUAUGGCUUCCAUCGGGUUCAUCAGCAAACACGUCGAGGACCUCGCGCCGUUGACGAAAAUAGUCGCCGGCGACAAGGCUAAAGAACUUGGCUUGGACAGAGAAGUAAAUAUGAAGAACGUGAAGGUGUACUACGUGGACACGGCGCAGGACCUGCGCGUGAGCCCCAUCAGCGCCGAGUUACGAGACGCCAUGAACCAAGUAGUAGCUAAGCUGUCCGACGUGACCCGCCUCACUGCGUCAUCCCCACAGCCCUACUACCACAGAGGUUUCGACCACAUGUUCGCGCUGUGGAAACACGGCAUGAGCAAGGAAACUGAGAGCUUCCCCCGCAUGCUCACUAAUAAUAAGGGAGAAGCUCAUGGACUAGCUGAACUAGGGAAGAAGCUGAUCGGAACGUCACCGUACACUCUCGCCGCCAUCUUGAAGUUGUUGGACGAACAAGUGCUACCGUCGGUUAAUGCUGAGUGGGCCGAGGCGCUCACUGCCAAAAUGAUUGAAGAUUUAACGACGGUCCUGGGUGAUUCCGGCGUUCUCCUAUUCCCGUCAGCGCCCAUGGUGGCACCGUACCACUAUUCCCUACUACUCCGGCCCUUCAACUUCGCGUACUGGGGCGUGCUCAACGCCAUCAAGUUCCCCGCUGCUCAGGUACCACUGGGUCUAAACCCAGACGGCAUCCCGCUCGGCAUCCAAGUAGUGGCAGCGCCGCGCCAGGAAGGACUAUGCUUGUCCGUAGCGCAGCACCUGCAGGAGCUCUUCGGGGGCUACAAGCCUCCCUGCAGGGUUCCAAACUAAGCUGACAGACUGCCCCGAUAUGUUGUUGCCCCAAUGUUAUAGCUAGUCCAGCCUGGACGGGUCGAUCCGAUUACGAUUUGAUCAUAAACUAAGUUGGCAAUUAGAUUGUCGAUCUCGUUUGAAGUCUAUAAGUACAAACAUGAUUUAAUAGCGAGACUGGCUUUAUUGGAGAAUUCUUGGAUAUAUUUUUUGCAUCUCUAUUUUAAGUAUUAACAUAAAUCAAAUUUAAUUAGAUUUUGAAUAAGUUGCUCGUCUAGGCUGAUCUUAUUCCACAAAAUAUGCAUUAAUUAUUAUAAAACUAUGUUUUUAAGAAGAAGUACAUACCUUAAUGCAUUUAAAGUGGUUUAAGUUUUUAUUAAGUUGUUUUAAUGUUUAGCACUGAAUAUUGUUGAUAUUUGUAGACUGAUAUUUUAAUGUGAUUUUUAUGGGUUGGUGCAAGUAUAAAUGUAUGUAUUUUUCUAUUUAUUCAUUUAAUAAAACAUAUUUUUAUACC